ACUGACGCGCAUGCGCUUCGGGUGCAGGUCUGUCUCUGUCCAGCAGUUCAGCGUUCAGCACCGCAGGCGGAGGAACAGCUCCCGAUCCCGAACACACGAAACACAACCGCAGCAGAACCGCCUGAUCACCUCAUCCACAUCCACACGAACAACCGACAGGCCGUGGCCAUGUACGAUGGGGCGAGGGUUCCCUCUCCUGAUGAAGGUGCUAACGGGGUCACCCUGCAGCCCGAGACCCCUGCAGAAGAGCCUGAAGAAGAGGAGGGUGUUCACCCUAAACCUGUUCUGGUGAAGAAAGCUCACCGUGAGAUCCUGGACCAUGAGAGGAAGAGGAGGGUGGAGCUGAAGUGUAUGGAGCUACAGGAGAUGAUGGAGGAGCAGGGAUAUACUGAGGAGGAGAUCAAACAGAAGGUUGAAACCUUUCGGCAGAUGCUGAUGGAGAAGGAGGGCGUGAUAAUGCGAGAAGGAUCGAACCCACGACCACCGGUCAGAAUAAUGUCUCACGAGGAUGAAGGUCAUGAUGAAAACAACGUGUGCGCUGAUGGCUAUGAAGAAGAUUACAACUGGGAUGGAGAAUAUUAUGACCAUAAUUCAGCUGCUCAUGACGACUACAGAUCCAAGAGAAAAUCCAGCAGUUCACGUUCCCCUCGACCAAAAAAGAGGAAGAAAAAGAAGACAAGAAGACACAGCCGAGCCGAGAGCUCAUCUCCGCCUCGCACAGACAAGAAGAAGAAAAGCAGCAAGAAACACAAAAGAGACAGAUCCACAUCUGGCAGCAGAAGAAAGAGGAGACACAGAUCUGGCAGCCCCAAAAUCAAACACAAGGAAAAGAACAAACAGAAGAGGUCAUCGCUGGAGUCUCCUGACAGAGUUGAUCAUCACAGAGGAAGCUGCUGUAGUUCUCGCAGUGGAUCCGUCUCAUCCACAGUCAGUGUCUCCAAAUCCCCCAGCAGAUCAGACGUGAAGUGCAGGAACGACAGACUCAAACAGGAAGGAUGUCACAGUCCGCCUCCGUCUCCCAGGACUGACCAGCCAAUCACGUGGCAGAACGGCAACCACAGCGUCCGUGUCCGCAACGGAAAAGAUUCUGCAGAGGGAGAUAAAGCCAACGAUAAACUUCGACCUCUGCCGUCAUCGCCCUCCAGCUCGCAGACGUUGGCGUCGUCUCAUCUGAGAGGUGCUAAGCAUCCCGUCGUUCUUCCCAAGAGUCCAGUCGAACCCGUGCCCCAGACGGCUCAAGACGCCUGCGGAGACGGCAAACCGCCGUCCGAAUCGUCGGGGAGACGCAGCGGACGGCCGAGAGUUCGAGAGAAGAUGAAUCACUCGCCGGCACACAGCAGCGACUCCCAACAUGAGCCGCACACUAAAACCAAGAAUGAAAAGAAGAGAAAAGGAUCUCAUUCAUCAAAGCGGCACCGUCGUGGAAGAGGUCAGAACCAUCACCGGACUUCUUCCAUGUCUCCGGGUCGACACAAGCGUACGUCCAAGAAGAAGAAGAGCAGAAGUCACGGGCGUCAGCGUGCCAGUUCAUGGAGCAGCGGUAGAUCUUCAUCACGAGAACGAGACCCCAGCAAAAGCAAAUCACCACAUAUGAGGCAAAACAACUCCAGAGAGCGAGACAGCCCUCAUCAUUCAGAUACAGAGAGAGCUCGCCGGCGAUCCCGCAGUUACUCUCCUAUCCGUAAGAGACGAAGGGACUCGCCCAGUUUCAUGGAAGCUCGCAGAAUCACCAGCGCACGAAAGCGGCCCAUCCCGUACUACCGACCGAGCCCAUCGUCCUCCAGUUCAGCGAGCAGCUACAGCAGUUCUAGUCGCAGUCGCAGCCGCAGUCGCAGUUACUGCAGCUACAGCAGUUACAGCAGUUACAGUCGCAGCCGCAGCAGGAGUCGAUCGAGCGCAGCUCGCAGUUACUGCAGUCAAAGCAGCUAUGAGAGCCCUGCAUUCUGACCGACAGGAUCUCUACGUUCCCCUUAUUGGACCUGUCAUGAAGAAAACACAGAAGGUUUUAUUCCCAUCACACAGAAAUCAUUCCUGACUCUUUAGAUGACCAGACUGUCCAAAAAUGUGGAAAAUUAUAAACUGAAAAGCUGGUAACCGGGAAUGAGGGCUUUGUUUUUUCCCUCAAAAAAUCAGAUUUGAAAAUAACACAGAUUUGGGUGCAUUGUGACAAAGCCUGAGAAACCACUUUAGGAAGGAAGUCAAAAGCAAAAUAUAUCUCACUGCUUGGGCCCAGAUUUAUACAGAUUAUAAAUAAUCAUCAUGUAAUGUCAAUCACAAGCUAAAGUUCAAGUGUUUAUAUUUAGAAAGCCUAAAGAACAAAGAUGAGAAAGCACUUUUUCUGAAACUCUUCCACAUUGCAAAAAUGACCAAAAGUUAAUUUAUCGUGAGACGCUACAGUUAAAAUGAAAUAAUGUGUGUCUUGUAAAGCGAGACUCAAUAGUGAGCUAAUAAAAAACAAGAACAAAAUAUUACAUUUGACAUUAUCUUGUGACACUCACUACAGAAAGAUAUUUCAUCCUGAAAUCAGCAGAAAUAUUAAAAAGAAAAUGACACCGUACAUAAAGAGAUUGAAGGUUAUUUCUGAGCACCAGAAUUAGAUUUGUUUGUACUGUGGUGGUAUUAUUGUCAUGACUGUCUUUAAUCAUGACAUAAUUUUCCAAACAGGCUUUGUUUUCUUUAUGCAAAAUAUAAUUCCUUCAUUUUUUCCUUUGAAUGUGACCUGGACAUUUGAACAGUUUUCAUCUUCUCAGUUUUUAAAAACUGAUCAGCUUUUUUUAAAAGUUGUAUUAUAAUGACCGUAUGUUUGAAUAUUUACGCUGCAAGUUUUGGCUGUAAACUAUGCACUGUAUAUUUCACGUUAUAUACUGGAUUACGCGAGGCUUUGUAUGUGGAAUCUUUGGCAUGAUGGAGAGAAAUCCCGUCCGACAUCAACUGCACUGAUCUGAGCGUCUCUUCUACUUUUCUUUUACUCUUGGGUCUGUUUGACAAAUCCAUAUCUGAUGCACAUAUAACACGAGUCCUUUUGGAGACGUGAUAUUUAUUAUUAUUAUUAUAUACAGUAUUCCACUUAUAUUUUGGCUGUGUGUAGUGCAUAUAAAUACAAUAAGAGCUUGUGUACAGUUAUCUGACAUCUCUGAUGUUUUUAAAUUAUUGUUUUUUAGUGUUAGUUGCACCUACCAUGAAACCAGGCUGCAAAAAUAAGCGCACACAUCUUUUUAUUAUAUUUAUUAUAUUUAUGUGUUAUUCUAUUUAUUCGGUUAUUUAUACUUGUGAUUGCUAUUUAUUGGAUAUUUAUUUAUGAUUACUUAAGUAUUUUUUAAGAGUUUCAUUUUGCAAAAUAUGUUCAGUACGAAAGAAGGAAAGCUAAAGAUGUAUAAGCACUUUUUUUGUUUUUGACAAACUCAUUUUAAAUCAGUAUGAAAUAUAAAUGAACCCUGUUUAUUGAAAUCUGUUUGUAAACGGUUUAUCAUUGCAUGUCAAAUAUCUAAUCUUCCAUCAGAAUGUAAUAAUCUGCUUCAACUUUAUUUUAUUUUAAAACUUUAAACCUCUCAACACUCGACUCCAUUUUGAUAUCUAUUGAAUAAAUUAAGCCGUCACUCAGAAACUCAAAGACUAAAUGCAGAAUUAUAAAAAAAUAUUUUGGGGUUCAUUUUUAUAUGCAGCUUGCUUUACGGGUUUUGCAUUUUUUUGCAAAGAUUUACCUGAAUUUGGUAUUGUAUUUAUUCUCUCAUUCAUUUGUCCUGGGGAGACUGUUUAUUAUAAUUAUUUAUUAUUGUUAUUUCUUGUUUUCCUGUGAGUUUUGGUAAGAGGUUUUAAAGGAACUAAAAGCAGGUGCAGUGUGGUUUCUAAUUUGCGAUGGAGAAACUGGCGUCCGUCUUCCGUUUUAAGCGUCUCCUCAGUGUUAUAAGAUUUUCUGUAAUAAUGUGAGUUAAAUGAGCUCUAAUGGCUGGAUUGUAUAAAGUCAGUAGAUUUAGUGUACGAGUCAUAAUGAAACGCGUAAUAAAACUAUCUACAAACGAAACUUCUCUUUCCCGAUC